AAAAGUCAUCUCUCGGCUCAUUUCACUCAAUAUGGUGAUAGACAUUUUUUAUGGGCCACAAAUAAAAGAAAAACAAUGUUGGUGUACUAAUUACGCAUAAUUACCUAAUCUUUUUGAUUACAAUCCAGUAACGAUAGUAAAUCGUAAUAGUUUAAAGAAGAUAAACAAUCAAAUUGUUCAUAAUGAGAGAACACAGUGGAUUACUCUCAUCUAGAGAUGAAUGCACCAAUACAACUUUACUGCUUGUCAAAGUUAUAGGCACGCAACACGGGAAAUUUUCAUAAAUUUUUUGUCGUCGAAGAAAAGCAAGAAAAUAGAAACAUACGAUUAGUUUUGUUAAAAUUUUAUUGAAAGCAUCCAUGUUAUCAACGAUAGCGUAUGCGAAGCUAAUUGGCCGUUAAAAAUAUAAUGAAAAAUAACAGAUAGAAGAGUCAACUUGAGAAAAAAACAAGACAAAAAAUUAAACGUUUGGCGAGUGAGUGGUGUGCGUGUGUUUGUAUGACUACGAAAAAGUGACAAGCAGCAGAUUUUGCGAAUUACUGGUUGGUUGAUUGAAUUUCUAUAUUUUGUUUUAUUGUUGCUACUUCUCUUUGGACCCGACGACUGAAGUACGUACGUGGCGUUAACUAGUUUAUAUGUCGAUAAAUGUUAGGUUUUCUGUAGCUAAAUUGUUGCGAUUGUGUUUAAUUUAAUAAUUGACUCUUCCCUGGUACUGGUGUGAAAACGUAAGACAAUUAAGGACUUGUAGCCAGAGUGUCCAGUGACAGAGCCAAUAACAAACAAAUUGGGACAAAUUAAAGAAGUGUAGAACGAAGGAAAUCAACAUCAUUUACCUAUUUGCACAUCGGUCAACGGUUACGACGUUUACGCGAUACCAUACCGACGACUAAAAGAAAGAAGUCGACGACGAAGACAGCGGACAACGGGAAAGGAGAGUGUAAAGAAAAACAGAACUGAGGCGCUGGUGGUGUGAUAAUGACAGAUGUUUCCGUAGUUUCUAAAGUACCCGGCAACGAAAAUGAAAAUGACCCGGAGAUGAAAGGUUGGCUUCUCAAGUGGACAAAUUACUUGAAAGGCUACCAAAAACGCUGGUUCGUAUUAUCAAAGGGUGUUCUAAGCUAUUAUCGUAAUCAGGGCGAGAUGACUCACACAUGUCGUGGAACCAUUUCACUGCACGGUGCUCUUAUUCACACCGUUGAUUCGUGCACAUUUGUCGUCUCCAAUGGCGGUACACAAACAUUUCACAUCAAAACUGCCAAUGAGGUAGAGCGUCAAUCAUGGGUUACCGCUUUGGAACUGGCCAAGGUGAAGGCCAUUCGGGCCAUGGAAAGUGAGGAGGAGGAAGAAGAGAAAACUUCCCAAGUGGUGCCCAGCCAAGAAAUAACAACGGUGUUGCGCGAUCUGACCGACCGUCUGGAGAGCCUACGCACCUGUUACGAUUUGAUAAACAAACAUGGUGUUGCUCUACAAGGGGCUCUCAAUGAUUUGCGAUCGAUAAAUCUUGCGGCAAGCGACGAAGAAACAAUUGCCAGUCGUAUUAAAAUCGUGAAUGAACGCGCUACACUCUUUCGCAUAACGUCCAAAGCAAUGAUAAACGCAUGCAAUGAUUAUUUACGCUCAGCGGAGUCUCAGGGCCACAAGUGGUCGAAGGCCUUACAGCACGAACGAGAGAGUCGACAGCGUUUUGAAGAGAUGGUUGAACAAUUGGCAAAGCAGCACACUCAAUUGGAACAGGCCGCCCACUUGGUUCAACAUAAUAAGGUUGUACCAAACCCACCCUUGGCUGCUCCCCAAAUCAUGGACUCUUCCAUGACACAAUCGAAUUUUGUUUCAGACGAUGAAACAGAGUUCUUUGAUGCGGAAGGUACAAGUACGCUAACACAAAACGAGUCCAACGAAGACAGUCCACAAAAUGGUUCGGAUAGCGGAACAUUCAUUUUGCAAAUGCCUCAUAGCAAUAAACAUAUGCAAGCUGAACAAUUCAGUUGUAGUAGCAGUUCUUCGGAAGCUGACCUUUCAUCUAUUCGGAAAUUACCGCAGCAGGUCUGCGUGUUGGAUAAUCAGAAAUCUAUGGACACACCCGAUCGAGCAGCACCAACAGGCGGCUCGGAUCGUAAUACCAAAACCCCUUCAGGUAACAAUUCAUCACCCAAUAGUUCCGGUGGCCAUAGUGAUAGUUCGUCGUCCAGUAAUCCAAACAAUCAGUCGAAUUCCGGCGGUGGUUCAGGAGGAAGUUCAGGUGCGGGCGGUAAUGGCGAGGAUCCCAAUAAACCUGGUGGCAAAUCGAAUGUUCCCGAAGAUGGGCAAGUCUGCAAAAAGGUAGUUCGUCAAAGGCGUACACGAGUUCCUGAUAAACCACACUAUCCACUCAACUUGUGGUCGAUUAUGAAGAACUGUAUUGGCAAGGAGUUGUCCAAAAUACCCAUGCCUGUGAAUUUCAAUGAACCACUGUCCAUGUUACAACGUCUAACCGAGGACUAUGAAUAUGCUAGCAUAUUGGAUUUAGCUGCCCGUUGUACAGAUGAAUGCGAACAAUUAGCCUAUCUAGCAGCGUUUACCGUCUCAGCCUAUGCUACGACGGCAAACCGUACGGGAAAGCCCUUUAAUCCACUGCUGGGCGAAACGUAUGAGUGCGACCGUACGGAUGAUUUGGGCUGGCGUUGCAUUGCCGAACAAGUGUCACAUCAUCCUCCAAUGGCAGCGCUUCAUUGCGAAGGCCGUGCUUGGACAUGCUGGCAGGAAUUUACAAUGACAAGUAAAUUUCGUGGAAAAUAUUUGCAGAUUAUACCAUUGGGCAGCGCAUACUGUCAUUUCCCAAAAACAGAUCAUAAAUAUACCUGGCGAAAGGUUACAACAACUGUUAAUAAUAUUAUAGUAGGUAAACUUUGGGUCGAUCAACAUGGAGAAAUGGAAAUUACAGGCCUAAAUGCUGCAUCAGGCCUUAAAUGUAUGUUAAAGUAUGUACCGUAUUCGUAUUUCUCACGUGACAGUCAAAGACGCGUCAAAGGUGUGGUAAUGGAUCGCAACAAUGAAGUCAAGUGGGUAAUACGUGGUACUUGGGACAGCAAAAUCGAAAUUGCGCCAGCCCUCUCAACAUCUGGCCCACCAGACAGCCCUGUCUAUCAGACAGGAAUAUACAAGACGGCAUGGCAGAGAAAUAUGCCGCCACCGGAUAGCGAGAAAUACUAUAACUUCACUACAUUAGCGGCCCAACUUAAUGAAAUGGAAGAAGGCGUGGCACCGACAGACUCACGUUUGAGGCCUGACCAACGCCUUAUGGAAGACGGUCUCUGGGAAGACAGCAAUCGAGAGAAGUUGCGUCUGGAAGAAAAGCAAAGAGCCAAAAGGAAACAACGUGAAGCUGAGGCCGAAGCUUCUGCUGCUAAAGGUGAACCCUUCCCGCCCUACCAGCCAGCAUGGUUCACUCAGGAGCGUGAAGAGGGUACAGAUAAUAUUGUUCAUUUGCAUACCGGCAAAUAUUGGGAACACAAGAAACGGCAGGAUUGGUCCAGAUGUCAGGAUAUUUUUUAAACAAUAACUGCAACAUAAAAUAAUUAAAUAAAUAAAUUGUUACCACAAAAAACACUAAAUCAUAAUAUAAUUUUUAAAAUACAUAAAUACACAAAAACCCAUUUCAAAAGUUAUAAUUAUUGAAAACAAAAAAAAAAUGUAGUUAAAUUAGGCCUUAACGGAAUAUCGCAAACAAGAGCAUAGACAUUUUCUUUCCAAAGUAAUACUAAACCUUUAAAAAGAAGAACAACAAAAUGUAUGCUUCACAAAAAAAGAAGAAAAAGAAACCAAA